AUGACCGACAUGCCCGAGGACAUGGACGAACCUCCCGAUCAUCGUUUCCUGGAUACCUCCGCCGCUAUGGACGACGGUGUGGUUUAUGUCAAGUCCCCAGCCAAGUAUACCGAUCCCAAAGAAUCCCUCCUCACUCGUGCUCUCAAGAGCAGUUCCGAUCUCAGCCCUACCGACCAACAUACCUCCUCCCACGAACAGAGCUUCUACCGCUCUUAUUCAUACGGCAACGUCAGUGGCACCUCAACUGCCGAGUUGACCAGCGAUGGUGGUCUCACCAGCCCUUCGUUAUCGCAUACCUCGAGUCCUACACUGCCCUCUCGCCUGACCCCUAAACCUCCGGUGGCAACUAAGAACGGCAAGGAAUCCGGUGCUGGUAAUGGUGAGUCCGCUAUCGAAGCAAACCUUGGCCGCAAGAGGUGCAUUAGCUUUGCAUGUGGGCGGAAGACCGAAGACCAGAAACCACAGGCUCCCACGCCCCGGACGCAACUGACUAUCAAGGUCAACGAGCCUGCCCCAGAGUUCAAACGCAAGACAACCCUCACUUUCGUGUGCCCUGCAAGGGAUCCUGAGUCUAGACGAGAAAGAUCCCCCGCUCGAGGCUGCUCCUUACGAGCCCGCCCUCGUGGAUCUCCUGCACCCUUUGCCCGCAAGGCUUCACCCGAGAAGCCCGCAUCCCUGUCGAUCGUUAUCCCCCAAGAGCAGAAGCCCGCGCCCCAGGAGGCUAAGGCACCCGAACCUUACAGAGGAGUCCCAACGAAGGGUUUGGGAAAGUUCGAAGACUCGGAGGCAACUCGAUUCCACGAGUUCGGAAGCUCCUUUGAGGAGGAUGCCGAGUGGGUCACCCGGGAGGCUGACUAUAAAGAAAAGAUUACAUUGAAUGACUGCAUGAAGAAGGAGAACGCCAUCAGAAAGCUCGCCGAGGAGGCAGAGGAAGAGGCCCUUGACGAAGAGGAUGAUGACGAUGAUGCCGAUCUUCCGGACGAUUCCUCUACCGUGCAUGAUUUCUCUUCCGAUGAGGACGAUGGAAACGAGUCUGAUAACGAGGCUGGAUUCGCUGAUUCCGACGAGAGCGACGAGGGCUCUGAAUACGAAUUCUGGGCUCCCGCUAGCACGACAGCGGCCACGAGUCCCCUCGAACACCCUCGGCUCACCUUCAGCCGCAGGGACUCGGCUAUGUCCUUCGACUCAAUGAACGAAGAUCAUUCGCGUCGGAACUGGCCGCCAGCACUCGCUGGAAAGAGUACUGGCCGGCCCAUCAAGAUUCCCAGAUUACGUCCUGGCACCCCGGAUCUACCUGACAGUACCGACUUUGUUUGUGGGACGCUUGACGAGGAUCGACCCUUGGAGGUUGCCUACAAAUCUUGCCUCGAGCAGCGUCGUCUUUCCAAACAGGUUGUGAUUCCUCAAGAUAUCGACCCAAGCUUUCCUACUUCUGACAUUGACGACGAUGAUGACGAUGAGGAACUCAAAUGUUCUGGACUAAUCGAUGAAGGACCUCGGGGUCGUUCAGGCGGGGAGCAGUCUCGGAGAGUUUCUCCUCACCCUUCGCCCAAACGAAUGGUAUCACCUCCGCCUCGACGACACGGUAGGGCAUCACCCAAACGACUCCGUUCUCCGCCUCCUACCAUCAAGUUUAGGCCGAUCGAUAUGGAUGGGGUGAAAGCUGCUCCCGCUCUCCGUCAUGGUCUCAACAUCAGCGAGCUUGUCCAGCGGCCCGUGCUGGCUCGCACCAAGUCGUUGCCCCGCACGCCAAAUCCCUUCUUCGCCAUGGAGGGUUCACAUCGCUGGUCUGGCAUUGUUCCGAUCGAGGAAUCUCACGAGCGUGAAUCAUCUCGUACUCGUGAGAUUUACACCCGAGGCCCCGUCGACAUCGUCGAGGGUCUCGAAAAGAAGCGCCAGAAAAGAAAAGAGAAAUUCUGGCGUCAACACUGUCGCAAAGCUGCCAAGGAGCAGAUGGAGCGGCGCCCUAUUCCUGGAAAAGGUGCUGAACGCAUGAAGGAGCUUGGUCUCGAAGUCGCUGAGAGGACGAGAGCCUUCGGCGUCGGCGAGAGCUCGCAGCUUGUCCUUUCUGUCUAG